GCUAGAUUUUAGGGGCAUUGAGGUCCGGGUGCUCCUCUCUCUCUAUCUGCUGGCUCAAGUUCCAACAACAAGAAGAAUUGUAAUAAAAAGGAUAGAGAGAGAUAGAGAAAGAGGAGAGAGAAACAAAGAACUCAAUUGUCUGUGGGAGGGAGAGAGUGAGUGAGCUCAGAGGCCAAAAAUGGGAAGAUCUACUGCGUCUUGCUUCAAGAUCAUUAGUUGCGGUAGUGAUUCCGUCGACAAAGACGAUCUCGCAGCAUCUGAGGGAAAGGGGUCAAGUGACAAGCGAGGGUGGAGUUUUCGGAAAAGAUCUUCCAGGCAUCGAGUGCUAAGCAACACUGUGAUCUCCGAAACACCUUCUUCUGGGAAUAAGGAGAGCCCAGAAUCUGCUACUUUCAACUUUCAAACACAAGCUAACUCUAUUGUUACAGAUAAAACCUCUGCUACACCAUGGACAGAUGAGAAACUCCACUUGUCAAAUCCAGUGAACUCAAAAGUAUCCGAGACUGUAAUUUCUACAGAGGAGGACACUAAAGUUGAUGUCAAUCUGGACGAAUCUGUCAUUGUUGUCAUCCAGGUUGCAGUCAGAGGAUUCUUGGCUCAAAGAGCACUGCUGAAGCUUAAGAACUUAAUUAAAUUGCAAGCUGCUGUACGUGGGCAUUUGGUUCGGAGGCAUGCUGUGGGAACUCUACGUUGUGCUCAAGCCAUUGUCAAGAUGCAAGCUCUUGUUCGUGCACGUCAUGCUCGCCUCUUCGUAGAAGGGUCUUGUACUGAAGAGAAGCUAGAUAGGAAACAUGGGAAUGAUAACGUCAGUUCAAAGUUCUUGGAAAAAGAAAAUUCAGUUACCAAACCAACUCUAAAGCACACUUCCAUUGAGAAUCUUCUUAAAAAUGGUUUUGCUCGUCAGCUACUCGAAUCAACACCGAGGACCAAACCCAUGCACAUCAAGUGUGAUCCUUCAAGAUCCGAUUCGACUUGGAAAUGGUUGGAAAGGUGGAUGUCUGUUUCAUCAACAGGAGUCGUACAAUCACAUGAACCAGAAUUAAGUAAGGAUCAACAGGAACAGGGGAAGGUUGAGCAGAUUGUCCAGGAACCAGACUUAAGCAAGGAUCAACAGGAACAGGGGAAGGUUGAGCAGAUUGUCCAGGAACCAGACUUAAGCAAGGAUCAACAGGAACAGGGGAAGGUUGAGCAGAUUGUCCAGGAACCAGAAUUAAGCAAGGAUCAACAGGAGCAGGAGAAGGUUGAGCAGAUUGUCCAGGAACCAGAAUUAAACAAGGAUCAACAGGAACAGGAGAAGGUUGAGCAGAUUGUCCAGGAACCAGAAUUAAGCAAGGAUCAACAGGAACAGGAGAAGGUUGAGCAUUCAACUUGCAAAGUGGAAACUGGAAUUCCAUCUGAAAGCUAUAGCGAGUCAACUGAUACGAAGACCAAGGUUGGGGAGACUGUGUUGCCAUCUGAAAGUGCUAAUAAUUUAAUCACUUCUGAUGCAGACAACUUCAACAUUCAGGCACAUCGAUCAAACUCGUCUUCAAUAAAUGAUAACCUGGAGGAGCCUCAGCCUGAGAACACAUACACAUCAAAUUUGAAAGAGAUCACAUUGGAUUUGCUUCCUAAUCAAACUACACAAUCAGAUUUGGUUUCUCAGACGGAAAUCAACGCUAUUUCUAGUAAGCCUGAAAUGGAGAGUGGAUCACCCAAACAUUCUAUUACAAGGUUUGCUCCUGAACAGGAGACUGAGGGGAAGAAGUUUGCGAUUGGAUCAAGAAAGGCAAGUAAUCCUGCAUUUAUUGCUGCACAGUCAAAAUUUGAAGAGCUCAGUUCAACAGUCAGUUCAGCGAGAUCAAUCAGUUCAUCCAAUCAAGAUGUUGGAGGUGAAUCAAGCACAACUGCAGCGUCGUCUACCGAUAAUGCCAUCAGGACCAGUGAGAUUGACCUGGCAGAAAAAACAGUUCUGCAUAAUUCCAGUAUUCAAGUUGGUGGCUCUGAGUGUGGCACUGAACUUUCUAUUUCAUCCACUCUUGAUUCACCAGAUAGGUGUGAAGUUGGAACCAUAGAAUUUGAGCAGGAAGCCAAAGUUUCCGAGGAAGUGACUUGCAAUAUUAUGAGCUCUAAGAACCAAGAUGUUGAAGCUGAGGUUGAGUCCACCAUCCCAGGGUCUGAUGUAUCCUACUCCAUCAUGGUUCAUCCAGAGAAACUGGACAAUGUUAAUGUUGCCGAAGGUGAACCUGUAAAUUCUGUCAUAGCUGCAGAUUCCUCACAGGUAAGGCAAGAGUCAGAAAAAAAUGCAUCUGUUAUGCAGAUAGAGCUGGAUCCGGAGUCAGGUCACCAAGCAUACAAGUCGUCGCCUGAAGGAUCUCCAAGAAGCCACAUGACUGUCCCUGAAACCCAAGAAACACCUUCUAGUCAGAUAUCAGUGAAUGCUAAGAGGAGUAGAAGUGAUAAAAAGGGGUCCAACUCUAAACGUAGGUCCUUGUCAGGUGGUAAAAGAUCCGCACCAAAUACUAACAACGAUUCUGGUGCAAGGAGUAGUUUGGAACAAUUACCUAAAGAUCAUAAAACUGGUAAACGGCGCAAUUCUUUUGGUUCAGCUAGACCUGAUCAUGUUGAUCAGGAACCAAGAGAUAGUACUGGUGGUAAUUCUCUCCCUAGUUACAUGCAAGCAACGGAAUCUGCAAGAGCUAAAGCUCUUGCUAAUAGCUCCCCAAGAUCAAGUCCGGAUGUGCAAGAGAAGGACGUCUACGUCAAGAAGAGACACUCUCUGCCUGGUGCAAACGGAAGACAAGGAUCUCCUCGUAUCCAGCGGUCUUUGUCCCAGGCAAAUCAUGGUGUCAAGGGAAAUGGUACUCAUCCUCAUGAGAGAAAGUGGCAAAGGUGAAGAAGCUCUACGACAUGGAGAGGCCGCAACAGCAUUUAACAAGUCCAGAUGGACUUUUAUGUUAAAUUGGAGACAAUCUAUUUGACUGGCAGCUACCUAGUUUUGAUCACAGCCUUUUUUCCUCUUGGAUAGCAGAUAAAAAGUCAGCCAUGCAUUGGAUUGGGGUUUGUCAGUGGAGGACAUGUGUAGAAAAUGGAGUGAGGUUUUAUGUAAAUUACCAUCCAUGUUAUUUUAAUUUUUUUUUUUUUUUUUUUCAAUUUUUCUUUUGAAGGUUUCUGGUUCAGAGAUUUGCUUGUAUGUUUGUCCAACCGUGUCAUGUGUGCAAGUUUACUUGACUUUAUUUUAUGAUAUUUUUUAUUGAUUGUUCUUAGUUUUAAAACA